AUGGAACUUGCAGUAACUGUACAUCUCCAUGCUCUGCCUGCCAAGAAACUGCUACUAAUUGCACAAGCUGUGAAACUGGCCACUAUCUUUCUGGUAAUACCUGUACUCAAUGCACAAAAAUGCUUAUAUCAUUAUCAGGCAUUUUUUGCUUUUUUUUAUUAUUUGAAAAAUAUUUAUAAAGAUUUUUUUAAAAUUCAAUGCACAUCUCCUUGUACAGAAUGCUCGAGUGCUACAGUAUGCACAAAGUGUUCAAGCGGCUAUAAUCUUACUAAUUCAGCUUGUGAGUGCGCCGAUGGAUACUUUUCGAACAAUACAGCUUGCGUGCAAUGCAGUUCACCUUGCUCUAAGUGUCAAACAAGUUCUACUAAUUGCACAAUCUGUGAAACUGGACACUAUCUAUCUGGUAAUACCUGCAUUCAAUGCACAUCUCCUUGCUUAG